AUGGCGAGUAUAGUGCGUGUGACGAGAUCUUCCUCCUCCCUAUUUGCCUUUGGAACCCGAUUCUACUCCACAUCCGCCGGAAUCUCCCACGCGUCUCCGUCUCCGUCUCCGCCGUUUCUUCACGGCGGUGGAAUCCGCAGGGAUGUUGCGAAGGAUCGGAACGUGCAGUGGGUGUUUCUGGGAUGUCCCGGCGUCGGAAAAGGCACUUACGCUAGUAGACUAUCUAGUCUCCUCGGCGUCCCUCAUAUCGCUACCGGCGAUCUCGUCCGUGAGGAGCUUGCUUCUUCCGGUCCUCUCUCUCAACAGCUAUCGGAGAUUGUAAACCAAGGAAAAUUGGUUUCAGAUGAGAUCAUAGUUGACCUAUUGUCCAAGAGACUUGAGGCUGGUGAAUCGAAAGGUGAAUCGGGCUUCAUUCUUGAUGGAUUUCCUCGAACUAUGAGACAAGCGGAAAUACUGGGAGAUGUAACUGACAUUGAUUUGGUGGUGAAUUUGAAGCUACCUGAGGAAGUUUUGGUUGAGAAAUGCAUUGGGAGGAGAACUUGUAAUCAAUGCGGUAAAGGUUUUAAUAUCGCUCACAUCAACUUAAAGGGUGAGAAUGGAAAACCUGGAAUUAGCAUGGAUCCACUUCUCCCUCCACCUAACUGUAUGACAAAGCUCAUCACUCGAGCAGAUGAUACUGAAGAGGUGGUGAAAGCAAGGCUUCGUAUAUACAAUGAAACCAGCCAGCCUCUCGAAGAUUACUACCGUAGCAAGGGAAAACUUAUGGAGUUUGACCUACCUGGAGGCAUCCCGGAGUCAUGGCCAAGGCUAUUAGAAGCCUUGAGGCUUGACGAUUACGAGGAGAAACAAUCUGCUGUGGCAUAG